UACCUGUGAUGUUGUUUGGGCAGGAUUUUCUUGGAGAAGCACGCCAGCGAGAUGGUGCACCUUGAGCUGUCCUUGAUGGCUGAGGAAAUCAACAUGAUCUCUUGCUUUUGCGACUCCUCCAAGCUGAGAAAGGACCUGGGAACAACACGAAGGCAUAACUUGGGAGCGGCCAACGACUGGGACAGCCUCCUGAAGGAGCUGGCUGAGUAUCACCAGCAUGCUGAAGAAGAGCUUAGACAGCAGCACUGGGAAGAAAUUAAAUGUGCCGGGCUCAGCCCCGAGGAAAGAACCCUCAAAGACGGAGCUUUAUUCUCUCUGGAAGAAAUCCUCCAGAAUCUUGUGUCACUGGGUGCCGACCUGCAAAAAGCAGGGGGCCCUUCUAGAUUAGGCCUUGCAAAAGCAAACAGUGAAACUCAAACUUUGGAGAGCAAGCUGGGCAGAGGCUCAGUGGCUCAGAAACUGCGAGCCACGGCAAGCAAAAUAGUGAAGCAAGAAGCUAUGAAGCAAUGGUGGAUACACAGAGUUCUGGAUUGUUACAACCAUCUCCAGAGAUGGAGCUGUCCGGAAGACGUAUUACAGGUUCUGGACAACUUAUGCUACACAGCUGCAGGGGAAACGGUAGCCCGUGAGGUGUCCCAGUCAGCUGAGCAACAUCAGGUGGAGAGAGUGAUGGCCUUUCUCCAAAAGUCCUCUAAGGAAGGCGAAAUACUUGUCUCUUUCAAAGAAAUGGAUGAAGCUGAGCUGAGGAAGCUACAGGCACUGAUCCAAACGGAACUGCAGGCACAGAUAGAGGAAAAGCUGGAAGCCAAAGAAAUGGACGUGAUUCAGGAGGUGGCCAAGCAGACCCCAGGCUCCGCUGCUGCUGAACAAUUGGCGUAUUUUCUCCUGACUCAGAGGCAUCUACGGCAAACAGUCCUGGUAUCAGAAGGUAUCUCAAGGCUUCAAAAAGCAGUCCCCAGAACACCAGGCGAUCAGAGCUCCACAGAAGACCUUGCUCAGGAGGAGCUGCUUGUGGAUGAAGAGAUGAAGGGUGUUGCUCAGCUGCUGAAGGGGAAAAAGGAGUAUGAGGACUCCAUGUUGGAGCUGCAACACACAGCACGGAUGCUGCAGUUGAGGGAGAGGCAAUUUCAAGAGACGGUCCAAAUGCUGAAGGCUCACUCCUCAGACAAGCAGCGCCUGGAGGAUGCUCGCCAGAUAGCCAGUGGACUGCAGGACUUCAGGAAGCAGAAAACCAGAGAGCUGGCAGAGCAGCUGAGAACUUACCUGCUGGGCAGCCAGAAGGCAAAAGAGGGAACCUCAAGCAAUCCCAGUCCACCCCAGAGUGAAAGUCCUCCUCUAGAAAAAAAAGGUAAAGGAGGAAAAGGAAAAGAGAAAUGGGUGGAUUCCCAAGAAGCUAGGUUGGUGGAGCUGGAGGAAUCUUACCAGGAGCAAAUAUUGGAAGAGAAAGCAAAACUGGAGGAUCAGCUGGAAAGAGGGGAAAUGAAGAAGUGGUCAAAGCAGAAACUGAUCAGAGAACAUGAUGAGACGGUGACCUUCUUGGACAAGGCGUUUCGCCAAGAUGUGCACAAGCUCAGAGGGAGGAUGGAGAAAGAUCAAAGGAGAAAAUACUCAGGUCAAGAAGAUGGAAAUUCGCUGACUUCUGAAGCCGCCUCUUUGCCAGGACAAAACCAACCCAGCCUGGCUGAAGACAGAGUUCUCUCCCUCUUGGCAGAAAAUAUCAAGGUCUUGAAGCAAACUGAACUCCUAGUGAGUUUACGAACCACCCUGCUGAAUCCUCGGUUCACAGCUCUUCUGUCUGAUAGCAAUGGAUCUGGUGGUGUGACAUCUUCCAAGCUCCUUGCUCUUCUGAAGGAUGUGAAUUGCCAAAUCCAAAAGUGUGCAGCGGCAGUUGGACUGCUGGACGUCCAUCGUCCGGAAUAUGGUAAUUCCUUUGCAUUGCACUCUCUGUUCUGCUUUCAGUAG